CCGAGGAGGGCAGAGUCCGCAGCGGCUGCCGCCCCGACGUCCGCACAUCCCCUCUCGCCGCGAUGCCCUGGGCUGGUCAAGCCGCAAGGGUGAGCCGCCUGCGCCCGCAGCCCCCCGAGGAUCUUCCGACUCGGGAGGAUCUUCUCCUGGCAGCUGCCUAUGUUUUGGAUGCCCAGUACAACAGAAAUGUCCCAUUCGAAACAUCACCUCAGGCCAUCAGACUUUACUAUUUUUAUAACCACUGGACAACACAGGUUGCCACAUAUUUCUUCAUUUGUGUAGACCUCGCUCUUGCCCUAUUUGAAGAGCCUGCGUUGUUUCCUCUGCCGUUCUUGGCCACCUCAAUAGCAGAAAUACUCUGCCUGACUGCAUUCUUUGGGAGACUGAUACAUUUUGCAAAAAUCACUCCUCAAAUGGUUUUCUGGAAGGAUACAAAAAACAUCUGCAUCAUGGUCACCAUAGUGCUGACCUUGAUCGAUCUGAUUAUCUACGGGUCGCUGGAAUCUAUUAACGUCCGCAGCGUCAGAUGGUCAAGGGCCUUAAGACCAGUCUUCCUAAUUAACUUCCCUGAAAGUCGUCAGAUCCGUAGGGCUUUCCGAAGCCUCCGGAACACUCUGCCCGAUAUCCUCUAUGUCUUCCUCUUGUUCAUGUUCAGUAUGUUGAUGUUCUCCCUGAUGGCCUUGAAGCUUUUUGGGGAUCGGGGUCUGAAAACAGCAGAGGGAUCGCCUUACUUUGAAAACAUUCUAGACAUAGCAUUUGAGCUCUACGUGCUGGUCACUACAGCGAACAGUCCUGACAUCAUGAUGCCUGCCUACGACUUCAACUGGUGGUAUUCUUUGUACUUUAUAAUCUACAUUAUCAUCAAUACCUACAUCUUCAUGUCUGUCUUUCUGGCCGUGGUGUACAACAAUUAUAGGAAGCACCUAAAGAAUGAAAUUUGCAAACUGGCAUACCUGAAACGUCACAAAAUGACAGCAGCAUUCAACGUUCUGAAAGUCAAGGUGGGCACUGAGUUUGUGGUCGAGGAGGCUCAGUGGAGGCAGCUGGCACAGGUGGUGGCACCAGACAUGAGCAGCGCCCACCUGGAGCUUCUCCUGAGGAUCUCUGACGAGGGACAGAAGGGGCAUGUAGACAAAAUGAACUUUCUACGACUGGCUGACCUCCUCAACAUCCAGGUGGUCACCAUCAACAUCAAGAGACAUCCGCUGGAAGCCUGGAUGCCGCGAGUAUACCAGUCAUCUGCAAGCCUCUUGGUCCAGAAGAUGGUUCGGCACAGGAUUUUUGUCUGGGUUUUCGAUGUCAUCAUUCUAAUAAAUGCCAUAUUCAUUACUCUGGAUGAGAAAAACCCCCUCAUUUCCUAUGCAGAAUGGCUUUUCCUCUCUCUCUACAUCAUUGAGAUCCUCCUGAAGCUGUACACGUAUGAACCCAGAGCCUAUUUUGAAAGGAAGCAGUUCUGGAACUGGUUUGACACAUUGAUCAUCGUUGCUGCCCUGGUGGCCACUGUGGCCAAUGCCACCAUUCAGUCAGCCAGAGAAUAUAACAGUCAGCAGAUACUGGAUAUUGUCUUGAUAUUGAGAAUACUCCGGCUCCUGAGGGUCAUCGUCAGCAUUCGGAGAUUCCGGGUUAUAGUGACCACGCUCAUCAACAUCGGGCCCGCGAUGCUGACGUUUGGUGGACUCGUCUUUGUGGUCUACUACGUCUUUGCCAUCGUCGGGAUGGAAGUGUUCCAUGGCAAAGUUCGGUUCUUUGAUCCGAAUUUCACUGCUCCUGACGCCCUGGUGUGUGGGAACCCAGCCUUACAGCGCUCUGCAUUUGCCCGAGGCAGAUACUGCAAGAACAACUUCAAUGACUUGGCCUCUGCGUUCACGGUGCUGACAGAGCUCACGGUGGUUAACCAGUGGCACGUCCUUGCGGACGGCUUUGCCCUGGUGACUCACCAGGCUGCAAAGCUGUACUUCAUCUUGUUCCACAUAGUGGUCGUCAUCCUCAUUGUUAAUAUUUUCAUAGCAUUUGUCUUGGAGGCAUUCUUUGUGGCAUAUUCAUUAGAAAAAAGUGAAGUGGAAACUGCUAUUGAGAAGAAGAUUCAAGAGCUUGGAGUGGGAAUCCAAGAGGAAGAACUUCAAGAUGGGAAGCUUACUGAUCACGUGGACACCAAGGACCGUGGCCUUCAUGGGGAUGAUGGCGACGACAAAAGGAAAGCCUUGAAAGGACUGUACUGCAGAAUCGCAUCAAAAAAAUACAGGACCGUGGAUGCCUUGCUGCAGCGGAUGUUCGAGUCUGAAAUUGCUCCUGAGGAUGAAGGCCCUUCCUUGGAUGAGAUUCUGAACUUCUCACCCAGUGACAUAUGUCCCAAGAAUCCCAAUUUUAAAAACAGUGCAUGAUCUUGGUCUUGGAAGGGUCCACAACUAGAAACCCAGAUAAGCUGUCACCUCUUUGCAUGCGUUAUCUGGAGGUGAUGUUUCUGGCCCAGGCUCCCUUCUGUGUUCUGAUGAGCUUGUGGAUAGGCCUCGCCUGGCCUGCCCUGAGCGGUCAGCUGAAUGGUGUGGAAAGGCUGUGGGGUGGGCCCCCCACUGAGGGUUGUUCUUAUGUUUGAUUAUGGCCAUAAGGCAAGAAAUAUUGUUGAAGAGAUUGUAAAGAGCACCUGUUGUACACAUACAUGUACACAUGUUGUCUUUUCAGUGAGUCUAUAAAGGCUUUUCAUUUAUUUUUAUAUGGUAU